UUUCCCGCGGGCCGUUCACUAUUCGAGUGGAUCACAGCGGCGGCGGUUGGGCUGUGUAACGGUCGCUCGACCCCGGCGCGACGAUGGCGGCCUUGGGCCCCGGAGCCUACACGCGGAACGACGUGGUUGAGAAAUUGUCGUCCGUCACGGCGGGGGUUCCGGCGCGGAGGGGCCAGUCCUCUCCGCCCCCGGCCCCACCGCUCUGUCUCCGGCGGCGAACCCGAUUAACUGCGGCGCCGGAGGACACGGUGCAGAGCCGGGUGUCCCUGGAGAAGGUGCUCGGCAUCACGGCCCAGAACAGCAGCGGCCUAACCUGUGACCCCAGCACAGGCCAUGUGGCCUACCUGGCAGGCUGUGUGGUGGUGAUUUUGGACCCCAAAGAGAACAAACAGCAACACAUCUUUAAUACUGCCAGGAAGUCUCUGAGCGCACUGGCCUUCUCACCUGACGGCAAGUACAUAGUGACGGGAGAGAAUGGGCACAGGCCUGCCGUGCGCAUCUGGGAUGUGGACGAGAAGAGCCAGCUGGCAGAGAUGCUGGGCCACAAGUAUGGUGUGGCCUGCGUGGCCUUCUCACCCAAUAUGAAGUACAUCGUGUCCAUGGGUUACCAGCAUGACAUGGUGCUCAACGUCUGGGAUUGGAAGAAAGAUAUCGUGGUGGCCUCCAACAAGGUGUCGUGCAGGGUUAUCGCCCUGUCCUUCUCAGAGGACAGCAGCUACUUUGUCACUGUUGGGAACCGGCACGUGAGGUUCUGGUUUUUGGAAGUCUCCACUGAAGCAAAGGUGACAGGUACGAUGCCCCUAGUAGGACGGUCAGGCAUCCUCGGAGAGCUGCACAACAAUGUCUUCUGUGGGGUGGCCUGUGGCCGGGGCCCAAUGGCCGGCAAUACCUUCUGUGUGUCCUACUCGGGCCUCCUCUGCCAGUUCAACGAGAAGAGGGUACUGGAGAAGUGGAUCAACCUGAAGGUUUCCCUGUCGUCUUGCCUUUGUGUCAGCCAGGAGCUCAUCUUCUGUGGUUGCACCGAUGGGAUAGUCCGCAUCUUCCAGGCCCACAGUCUACACUACCUUGCCAACCUGCCCAAGCCUCACUACCUCGGGGUGGAUGUGGCACAAGGACUAGAGCCAAGUUUCCUCUUCCGCAGGAAGGCAGAAGCAAUAUACCCAGAUACGGUGGCGCUGACCUUUGACCCAACCAACCAGUGGCUGUCCUGUGUGUAUAAAGACCACAGUAUCUACAUCUGGAAUGUCAAGGACAUCAACAAAGUGAGCAAGAUGUGGUCAGAGCUCUUCCAUAGCUCCUACGUCUGGAACGUGGAGGUGUAUCCUGAGUUUGAGGAUCAGAGAGCUUGUCUGCCUUCAGGAUCUUUCCUGACCUGUUCCUCGGACAACACCAUUCGCUUCUGGAAUAUGGAUAACAGCGCUGACUCAUACUGGAAGAAAAACAUCUUCAGCAAUACCCUUCUGAAGGUAGUGUACGUGGAGAAUGACAUCCAGCACCUGCAGGACACGUCCCACUUCCCAGACCGGGGGAGUGAAAAUGGGACACCCAUAGAUGCGAAAGCCGGGGUACGAGUCAUGCAGGUCAGUCCUGACGGCCAACACCUGGCUUCCGGCGACCGAAGCGGCAAUCUGAGGAUCCAUGAGCUGCACUUCAUGGAUGAGCUGGUCAAGGUGGAGGCCCAUGAUGCUGAGGUGCUGUGUCUGGAGUACUCCAAGCCUGAAACAGGGCUGACCCUGCUGGCCUCAGCCAGUCGGGACCGACUGAUCCAUGUGCUGAACGUGGAGAAAAACUACAAUCUGGAGCAGACCCUAGACGACCACUCUUCCUCCAUCACGGCCAUCAAGUUUGCUGGCAACAGAGACAUCCAGAUGAUCAGCUGUGGAGCUGACAAGAGCAUCUACUUUCGCAGUGCCCAGCAGGCCUCGGAUGGACUCCACUUUGUCCGGACCCACCACGUGGCAGAGAAGACCACUUUGUAUGACAUGGAUAUUGACAUCACCCAGAAGUACGUGGCUGUCGCCUGCCAGGACCGGAACGUGAGAGUCUACAACACCGUGAAUGGGAAACAGAAGAAGUGCUACAAGGGCUCCCAGGGUGAUGAAGGGUCGCUACUGAAGGUCCACGUGGACCCUUCUGGCACCUUCCUGGCCACAAGCUGCUCUGAUAAAAGCAUCUCUGUGAUUGACUUCUACUCGGGCGAGUGCAUUGCCAAGAUGUUUGGCCACUCAGAAAUCGUUACUGGCAUGAAGUUCACCUACGACUGUCGCCACUUGAUCACCGUGUCUGGAGACAGCUGCGUGUUCAUCUGGCACCUGGGCCCAGAAAUCACCAACUGCAUGAAGCAGCACUUGCUGGAGAUAGAUCACCGUGAACAGCAGCAGCAGCAGAAUACGAAGGACCGCAAGUGGAGCCGCCACCCCAGGCAGGAGACAUACGCACCCGUGCCUAGUGAGAUUCAUUCCCUGAGCCUUGGAGAGCCGAUAGAGGAUGAGCUGGAGGAAGAGAAUGACCCUGAGCUGUUGCUGAAGACGCCAUCCAAAGAGAGCCUGGAUCCAGAUCCUCGAUGCCUGUUGACCAAUGGCAAGCUGCCACUCUGGGCAAAACGGCUGCUAGGAGAUGACGAUGUGGCAGACAGCUCAGCCUUCCAUGCCAAGCGCAGCUACCAGCCGCAUGGCCGCUGGGCAGAGCGGGCUGACCAGGAACCCCUCAAGACCAUCCUGGAUGCCCGGAACCUGGAUUGCUACUUUACCCCCAUGAAGCCCGAGAGCCUGGAGGACUCUGUGCUGGAGACGGUGGAGCCACAGAGCCUGGUGGGCCUGCUGAACGAGUCGGAGAAUCCUCAGGAGAGUGGCUGUGAGCAUCCGUCCUUCCUGCCCCUUCAGAGGGCGUGUGAGGCCAGUGAACUCGUCCUCUACUCCCUGGAAGCAGCAGUGACCGUCACAGAACCAGACAGCGAGCACUGUGUGAAAGAGGGAGACCAACAAGAUGACUCCUACCUGAGGAUCUCCUCCACCGGCUCUAAGGACCAGAGCCCACCUGAGGACUCAGGGGAGUCGGAGACAGACUUGGAGUGCAGCUUUGCCAUGGUCCACUCCCCUCCACAGCCUGACCCAGACCCUCGGUUUGACAUGAUGGUGCCCCACACAGCAGGCUGCCAGGGUACUGCUGAAGAAGAGCUGCCCCUGCCCGAGGCGUCAGGCCUACCCCACAGCUCCCUGCCCCAGACCCCGGAGCAGGAGAAGUUCCUCCGCCACCACUUUGAGACGCUUACCGAUGUACACCCUGAGGAGCUCUUCCACAGGUCCCUGAGAGACGCGGAGGCCGAGGACUUCCUCCUCAACCCCCGGCUGAGCAUCUCAGCUCAGUUCCUCUCACGCUUCCAGGAGACGCCCAGGUUCACCCAGACCUUACCUCACCGGCAGCAUCUGCACCUCACAAAGCCGUCAGAGGUCAAGGCCGUGGUGGACCAAGGGGAAAGCCAGCCCAGAGCAGAGUCCCUGAGAGCAGGUACUGGCUACACCUCCCCAGCCCAGAGCCAUCUCAUCUCUGGGGGAAAGACUGAGGGGCUCCACAAGACCUUGGAGGCCUGGCACCCACUGAGUAAGUCCCCCAUUCCCAACCUCCCUGACUCUCUCAGCACCCAGCUGAACUGUCACCGUAGGGUGGGGUGUAAGAGUGAGCUGUCUGCUUCCUUUAUAGCUCCCUGCCCCACAGACAGGAAGCUCCCACCACCCUCAUCUGGACCCAUCCCAGGUCUGGCUCAGGGCAUCUGCGUUCCCUGCACCCAUUCCUACCUGGAAGCCACUGUCAGCUCUCCUGCCAAGAUGUCACACAGCACCUCCCUCAGGGACCCUGCUGAGCCGGCCGGGCCCCCGCUUCACAGGCCCUCACCCAGUGGGGAACUCCAGGCUGUGCCCAGCGCUGGCAGCCAGGACCCAGAGCCGGUCCUGCCCUCCUGGGGCAACCAUGAGGCCCGCGCCAACCUGAGACUGACCCUGUCCAGUGUCUGUGACAGGUUCCUGCUGCCCCCGCCCCCACUGGGGAAACCCACCCCACAUGCCUGGACCCAGGAGUCUGUAGCUGCCAACACAGCAGCCAGCUUCCAAUCCCCCAACCCUGUGAAUACAUGCACCCUAAGGCUUCACGAAGCCUCCUUUCUCCCUGGCCCUGAGUCCCUCAACCCUUCCACACACCCCAAUAGCUCCCAGCUUCCAGAGCACAGGCCAGGGAUCCCUGGAAGCACUGCCACCCUCUUGGAGCCCACCCCUGGUGCACUCGGUUUAGCCCAGAGCAGCCCCGGACACUGGGUGGAACCUGGGGUGCCGGCUGGAGUCCCACCUCCAGCUCCCCUUGAACUGAGCCACGUGGAGACCAUCGUGCACAGACUACAAACUGCCUUCCAAGAAGCCCUUGACCUUUACCUUAUGGUGGUCUCCAGCGGCCAUGUCAGCACUGAGCAGCAGCAGAUCCGGACCACGCUGGCUUCCACCUUUGUUUGGAUCCACAGUCAGUUGGAGGCCAGCUGGCUUGGGGGGGCAGAGAUGGUCCCAGCCCGGCCCCUGGCCAGCCCGGGUCCCCCCUCCCCACCUACUCUGUGCCCCCUGGCCAGCCCAGACCUGCGGGCUCUGCUGGAACACUACUCGGAGCUGCUGGUGCGGGCCGUGCGUAGUAAGGCAGAGGGUGACUGA